AGAUUUUAAAAAUAAACAUUACGAGCAAAGAUGUGAUUGGUUUAGAAUGUUAUAAUUAUGAAUUGUAGUUCAAAAUCUAGGGACCUUACAAUUUAAAACAAUAAGAUUUUCAUGCCCUCUUUCACUACCAAGUAAACUAAAUUAUAAUCAAACUACGAUUUUACCAUGUGCAAAUUUCAAGUUCGACUUACGAUAUACAGAGCCAAUACAUGUGAAAUUAAAUGUCAUGCACACAUAUAAUAACAAUAAUAAUGUAUACACAUGUAUUAUUAUCAUUAUUGUUGCAAUAGUUAUUUUAAAUUCAUCCAGGCUCCAUUCUCAGUCAUGAAUUCGUUGCCAAUUGAUAGAGAUUAUGUAAAAAGUUUAAAUUAACAUACUAUUUAAAAAGAAAUAAAAAAAAAAAAUAAAUAUUUACAUCCAUAGAUAUUAAUAGGUACAUGUAUAUAGACGCUAUAAAAUUUUUUGUCAAUGCCGUGGGCAAUCGAUAAAAAAUGUUCUUGAAUAAUUCACUUAUUAGACAAGAUGACACAACUGAGAUUUAGCAAGACAGGUAAUGGGGAGCUGUUUCGGUCGUUGCUUCUCCAAUGUCACCGACCCUUUUACCUUCAGAUACUUCAGGCACACUGGCUCCCAUACCCACGAGGAAGAACAAGUUGAGUUGGAUCCUUGUAUGUCGCAAGAAUACGAUCGAAGUUCAUCAAAAAAGUAAAAUAUUAUCAUUAUUUUCGUUAAAACAAUUAAAGAAAAGACAUGGAGGAGUACCAGUGUCUUUGGAACUUGUUGAAGAUACUUGGAAGAAAAAAUCAAAUAAAUACCAAAGACUUGAAUCACGAAAUAAUGCGUCAACUGGAUCCGAUUUAAAUUCAUUGCAAACUCUUGAUGCACGAGUUUUACUAAAACAUCCAGGAUGUAUCUCGUCAACUCCAGCAUCUUCAUUAGAUCUUGAAUGGGAACAUGAAGUUAUGCCGUUACCUUUGGAUGAUCUCGAUAGACCAAAAAGUACAAAUAAUUCACCAUCGAAAUCGUCAAGUAAUGUUAGUCAACCGUCCAGUUUAACUGCGUCACCUUGGUCGAAAGUAUCUACACCAAAUAGUUUAGAAUGGGAUUCGGUUGGAGAUAAUGAGGCUUGUGUUGACAUUGAAACAGAACAAUUGUUAACAGAAAUUGAAAGAUUGACAAAUAAAACACUGAAAGAAACUGGUGAAUGGAGUGGUGCUAGAUGAUUAACAAUUAGUGAUUGUUAUGAAAUGGUUGGUUGUAUUUUUAUAUUUUAUCAUAGUGUUGUAUGGAAUUAUUUAUUCUAUUAAUAAGUGCACAUGAAUAUAAAAUGUUGACAUCACAAUUAUUUUUUAAUAUAAAUAUGACUGAUGAUUCGACUGUAUUAUGAAUUUAUGAAAUUUUUUAUCAGUAUACUGAAUGUUGAAUUUUGUGAAAAGAAUUCUGCCGAAUUUAUAGAAUGUCUAUCAUUAUUUAUUAUUAUAAAUUAAAUCUUUUUCAAUUUAACGGCAGUGCUUAUUUUGUUAAAUGCAUUUAUAAAUAAUUUCAAAAUUAAAAAAAAAAAAAAAAGACGUCUUCAUCAAAUAACUUUACAAUUAAACUAUUUAUUUUGAAAUGCUUAUUACAAUAUUAAAUAAAAUAUUAUUUUGAUACUACAAUAUUAUUGUAUAAAUUAUUAUAUUAAUACACAAGCUGUAAUAAAUGCGUAAUAUUUUUGGUCAAAAAAAUUAAAAAAUAUAUGUAUGCGUAUGUAUAAAUAUUUAAGGUUUGUAACUAGAAACAAAUCAUGUUGAAGGAAUUGGAGCCAUCGCUCAAUAGAAUAAAAUUAAUUUAUCUCUGGGAAUAUAUAAAUGAAAAAAAAUAAACAAAUUUAAAGCUUAA